UUUCAACCUAAACUUCCUCUUUAAUAUAUAAGUUGAAAGCGUAAUAGCAAAGUAAGCCUUCUGGUAAUUGCAUUUGCUUUUAGGAUAUUUAGUUUCUAGUGAUGGAUAACAGAUUAGUACUAUUGCUUGCUGCUGUUGUCACUAAUUUUGGUCAUUUAUUGGCAAGUCAAAACUUGAAUUGCGCUCGAGGGUACUGGGGCGAAGAUUGUAAAAGUAGAUGUUCCAAAGGAUGCACGUACAUCGGAUGUGACAAAGUAACUGGCUCUUGCUUUGGAUGCAACUCAGGAUAUCACGGGAAACAUUGUGACAUUUCGUGCCCGGCACAUUGCGUAUGUAAUCGUUUCAAUGGAAAUUGCACAUCCUGUUACAAUGGCUGGUAUGGUGAUUUGUGCAAUAUGCCAUGUCACAACAAUUGCUCAUCGUGUUCAAAAACUACGGGAGUGUGUUCCACAUGUAAUUAUGGCUGGUAUGGCACACACUGUAGCAUACCGUGCUCCAUGGGAUGCAACAGAAAUUAUUGUACAAAGUCAACUGGAUACUGUUCAAGGUGUAAAGUAGGAUGGUAUGGGUCAAACUGUGAAAAACAAUGUCCAACAAACUGUCAUGAUGGCUGUCAUAAAACUUCAGGUGGCUGCACUUACUGCAAUUCUGGGUUUUGGGGUUCUAAAUGUUCAAUUGUUUGCACGACAAAUUGUGAAAGUUGUCAAAAAUCUGACGGGACAUGUUUAUUUUGUCCUAAUGGUUUUUGGGGAAGUAACUGUUCACAAACGUGCAGUACGAACAAUUGCAAAAAAUGUGACAAAAAUACAGGUAGUUGCAAAACUUGCAACUCUGGUUUUUGGGGACCUAACUGUAAGUACGUAUGCAACAAAUGCAGAAAUGAAAAAUGCGACCGUUUCACUGGCGUUUGUGAGACUUGUCCAGUUGGAUUUGCAGGAGAACACUGUAAUAUAACGUGUGAUAUUUCAAACUGUUCCAGGUGGUCUUGUACUAAAAUUCAAGGAUUUUCGUGUUCAGAUUGCAAGUACGGAUUUUGGGGAACACGUUGUGAGAAACAAUGUGAUACAAAUCACAGAUGCAGAUAUUGCAGCAAAAACACUGGUGGUUGUAUUUCUUGUUUAAGCGGAUAUUGGGGGAUAUCUUGUGAAAAAAACUGUACUAAGUCUUGUAGUUCCUGCAACAAAUAUACGGGAUAUUGUUGGAAUUGCAAAACUGGGUUGUGGGGAAAUUUUUGCGAGAACAAUUGCACCGUAAAUUGCAUUUGCGACAGGACAACCGGAAUAUGUAGUUCAUGCGUACAUGGUGAUUGGGGAAAAGUUUGUGAGAAUAAAUGUAAUGAAAACUGCUACAGUGGUUGCGAUAAAGGUACGGGAAAAUGUUCUUCUUGUAAAGCCGGAUUCUGGGGAAAGUUUUGUAAGAACAAAUGCCUGGCAGGAGACAGAUGUCAAGAUUGCGACAAUUCAAAUGGAAUAUGUAGUAAAUGCGUUUUAGGUUUCUGGGGUAGUUCGUGUGAAAAGAAUUGCGCAACAAACUGUGCAGAAGGUUGCAAUAAAAAGACCGGAACGUGUACAUCUUGUGCGCCUGGUUUAAGUGGUUUGAACUGUGAUAUCAAAUGUGAGGAUGAAAACUGUGAAACUUGUCAUAGGUAUCCUGACAGUCAUUCCUGUAUCAUAUGCAAAGCCGGGUACUGGGGUCAAAGCUGUGACAUUCAGUGUAAAUCUGAACGAUGCAUUGAAUGUCAUAUGAAUGAAGGACGAUGUACCCUGUGUGAUGAUGGUUUCUGGGGGACACCCUGCCAUUUAAGAUGCAACGCAGGCUGUAAAUGCUGCAGUGUCACUUCCGGUACUUGUUCUCGACAACAUUACUGCUUAGGAACGAAUGAUAUGCGAAACACAACAGUGGUACUUGAGCAGACAAACAACACCUUGAAUACAGUUAGUUUUACAUUACUUGGCUGUUCUGUAGCAGUGCUUCUCGUAGCAAUUGGGAUACCGUGCAUGAUAAAGCGUCGAAGCAAACAAAAGGCUGGUGCAGCUACAUCAGAAAAUCAAAAUGUAGUACAACAGAGUGUUUCAUAUACAGUGGAUCGUGAGGGAAAGGCUAGAAUAGAGAUACCAUCGUUUCAAGCCGGUGUAGACAAUUACACAUAUGAAACUCCGGAAACAAACAAGGGGUUUGAAGAAGAAGAUUAUGCUGAUCUCCUUGAGGCAGACAUGGUUUAUGAAAACCGAUAGGUUUCUGAUGAGGAACUUUUAGCUUCGGUUAAUUUCAGGAAAUAUAUUUUGAGAAUUCUGUUAAGAUAGGCUUUGGCCAUAUUCCUGCUAGCUAAGAGACUCAAAGUGUACAUAAUUCAUUGUAAAUCUAUUUACACACAUUAUAAUUUUUCACCUGUUUCUUUCACAUAAGCAUCUUCGAAUAUGUUCAUUAUUUUCGUAUUUACAGAAGUGUGCAAAAUACAUUUGACCAGGGAUAUUGACAUAAAUCCAGAGAAUAUUUACAUCCAAAAGUACGAGUCGAUGAAACUAAGUACUGCAAUCAUAUAUAUAAUAUAUUUGAUUUUAUUAAUUAAACUGACACAAAAGACGCUGCACAUUUUUAUUAAUGGCAAGUCAACAUCUAAGUGUGUUUUACGGGACAUUUUGUUGCUAAUUAUUUCAAGACCAAUCCACAAAAGCAAAGUUUAAAUGCUGUCAAUAAAAUCUAAAAUCGCAAUAUAUUUGAAAUUGUCGUUUGGUAUGGAAUACAAUUAUUUUAUUGUCUGUUAAGUACCUCCAUAGAAAACGAAGUCAGUAAACACGCCGGUCAGAUGUUUUGUUUUGAAAUUCACGAAAACGUGUACCCUGUAUAAUUAUUGUAAAUAUUUUUAUGAUAAAUAUAUUUCUUUCAUCACUUUAUAAUGUAUGAUUAAUUUUAACAUCUGAUCUAUCACCAUUUUCAUUGAUCUAGUUUUCAUUAAACUGUGUAUAGUAUACAUAUUUGUGAUAACAAAAAAUGCUAACCUUUAUUGCAGUUAUAAAUUUAUAAUAUUUUCAAUGAUUUUUUGUUUGACAAAAUAAAUGUUUCGGCUCUGGAGUAUUGUAAUGACCAUAGUUUUUGGUUAUGUCAGUUUAUCUGAAAAUGAUAUAAAUAUAUAAAUCGUGUACAAUGACUAUUGAAAUUAAUUCAUUACCAUCUUCUUAAGUGCUAGGAAAAGAAACCAAUAAAAUGCAUAGCCUUUUACUCAGUUAGAGAAAAUUGAACACUUGCUAAAAUGGCAUGAUCUUAAUUUGAUGAAGAAAUAUCUACAAUUUUAAAAACGAAUUCUUAAUUUUGUACUUUCUUUUUACUGUAGAAAAUGUACAUAUACACAAACAUGUAUAACACUUUAGCACAGAAAGUCACUGAUUUGUUACUGGUUUUAUAAGAUUGGUCAUAAUUAAUGCUAACUUUUGAGAUCUUGUUUAUAGUCUGAAAUUGUAAUAUUUUAAGGAUUGAUGUAAUGGCAAUAUGAGACGCACCAUGAGAAAACCAACAUAGUGCAUGUUCAACCAGCAUGGAUCCAGACCAGCCUGCGCAUCCGCGCCAUCUGGUCAGGACCCAUGCUGUUCACUUUCAAGGCCAAUAGCAUUUAGAGAAACCGUUAGCGAACAGCAUGGAUCCUGACCAGACUGCGCGGCUGCGCAGGCUGGUCUGGAUCCAUCCUGGUCGCAAAUGCACUAUCAUGUUGAUUUUCUAAUGGUGCGGCUCAUAUAUUAAGUUACUGUUUAUGAAUUCGUUUUAAAAUUGGCCAAACCUGCUGAGAUUAGGCUCCAAAUCUCAGUGUUAUUGCUUUCCGUCAGUUCAAUUUCAACACGCAUUUAUUUUAUGUAAAAUUUUUCCCUUCCUUUAAUUGUAUACUCCAAAACCAUGGUCUUCAGGACUACACCACAAACAACAGCAGCGUAAACACGCACAUACACACAAGCGCACAGGCACGCAGACGCAGUAACACAGAGGGGCACCACCAACUGACGGGCGAUGGCCAAAGAUAUGAUGGGCACCUAAUUUCACUCACAGCAAAAGGAGAGGGUCGUUAAUUCAAGGGGUGAUGGGGGCAGAAAAAAGAAACGCCACCAACAAGCAAGACAAUAUACAAAACAUGAAAUACAAAAUAUAAAAAAAACAAGUUGAAAGCAGGGACACCGCUUAGGAAUGGUACAUCAUCACAGUGAUGACAUUUAUACAUUAUUAACUUUCCACUCUUAAUAUGUUUUCGUACAUAAAACAGUUCAUUUCAAACCAUCUAUCCACUAUCCAUCAUGCCUCAGUAAUCAUGUCAUGCAAUAAGAAAAUCAUGGCAUAUCACUUAAUGUACAGUAAGUAAGAUUUAACUCUAAAUGGUACUGGCGACAAAAAUACUGUUUGUUUGUUUGUUUUGGGUUUAAAGCCGUUUUUCAACAGUAUUUUAGUAAAGUAACGGCGGGCAGUAAACCUAACCAAUGUUCCUGGAUUUUGUGCCAGUAUAAACCUGUUCUCCGUAAGUAACUGCCAACUUCCCCACAUAAAUCAGAGGUGGAGGACUAAUAAUUUCAGACACAAUGUCGUUUAUUAAAUAGUCACGGAGAACAUAUGCCCAGCCCGAGGAUCGAACUCACGACCCCGCGAUCUGUGGACCGACGCUCUACCUACUGAGCUAAGCGGGCGGGUACAAAGCUACUGAGAUUGGUAAAUUGUCACGUAGGACAAUUGUGCAUUGGUUUUAUCCCAUGUCAGAAACAGAAAAUUUACUAGCAUCAUGGGUAAAACAUGUAUAAUUGUAAAUGAAAAUUUGUAUCUUUUAACCUUAUUUGUUAUCACUGUUAGAAUUAGUGAUGUCUAGUCGUAUUAAGACAGACUUCCCUCCCUUUGACUAUACUUGCUAAUGGCCACCAGAUUUAUUAAUUGAAAUAUGUAAUAAGGUAUUCAAUGAUUAUUACAUACUCGUUUCUGUUCCCCGUUAAGUUACACUGGUACCGGAAACGUCAAUAUUUUUCCAUACACUGACGCCUGAAUUUCAUAUCGGGUGCGUGAUGUAAAUCAGUGUUUGUUGUUGCACUAUUGUUUAUUAUUUAGUUCACUAUUGUUAAUCCUAUUCAGGCUAUUGAACAAAUUUAUGCUAUUUACAUUUUAUUUAUAUGUAUAGAUGCGUAUGUAACAAAAAGGUUAUUAUCUUUGCAUCGGGAAAUAUGCACUCGUUCUUCAGCGGAUGAAUAUUGCGUUCCUAAAAUCGCGCAAUAUUUCCGCUGUAAAACUCGUGCAUAUUUCCCGAUACAAAGCUAAUAACCUAUAAAUAUUCUAUUGAAUCAUAUUUAAUUGUUUUUAUUGCUAUACAUGAUAUUUAUGAAGCCUUUGUAUAUGUGUUUCUGUUUGAAAUUGGUUCAAUGAUGUGCAUUAUUACAUACUCGUUUCUGUUCCCCGUUAAGUUACACUGGUACCGGAAACGUCAAUAUUUUUUCAUACACUGAUGCCUGAAUUUCAUAUCGGGUGCGUGACGUAAUUCAGUGUGUGUUGUUGCACUGUAUUUUUCUAUUUAGUUCGGUAUUGUCAAUCCUAUUCAGGCUGUUGGACAUAUUUAUGAUAUUUACAUAAUAUUUAUACGUGUAGAUGCGUAUGUAAUAAAAAGGUUAUUACCUUUGCAUCGGGAAAUAUGCACACGUUCUUCAGCUGAAGAACUCGUGCAUGUUUCCUGAUACAAAGCUUAUAACCUAUAAUUAUGACCUUCUUGACGUUCUACACAUAAAUAGCUUAGCAAGUAAUAAAAUAUGCGAAACUG